AUGGAGCUGAAGAAGGCGUUCCUGUGCUGGGUGCUACUGGCAGUGAAGCACGCAGUUGCGCCCUCAGUGUAUUUCUCCGGUUUGGACAUAAAAAAUAUGAAAGGCAAGUACAAAGAGAUAGAAGAGAGGCAUGCAAAACAAAAUGUGAAUGAUAUAUUUUUUCAUGAAUUAAAAAAAUCGAAUUAUGAACUGAACAGCAAUAUUAUAGCACUGAGCACAUCGAGGCAUUAUUUCAACUACAGACACACGAGCAAUUUACUGACCGCAUAUAAAUACUUGAAGCAUGUUGGGGACAAUAUGGACAGGAACAUACUGCUUAUGGUGCCAUUUGAUCAAGCUUGCAAUUGUAGGAACUUGGUAGGAGGCACCAUUUUUAACGAGUAUGAGAAGCCUUCAAAUGAAGAUUUAAAAAAAAAAAAAAUGAAAGAAAACUUGUACAGCCAUUUAAAUAUAGACUAUAAAAAUGACAACAUACGAGAUGAACAAAUAAGGAGAGUAAUUAGACAUCGAUAUGAUGCCUUAACUCCAGUUAAAUAUAGGUUAUACACAAAUGGGAACAGAGAAAAAAAUCUUUUUAUAUACAUGACUGGCCACGGAGGAGUGUCAUUUUUUAAAAUCCAAGAUUUUAACAUUGUCAGCUCUGCUGAAUUUAGUCUGUACAUACAAGAGCUGCUCAUAAAAAAUGUCUACAAGUACAUUUUUGUAAUUAUUGACACGUGUCAAGGGUACAGUUUUUACGAUAAAGUGCUACAUUUUUUAAAGAAGAAUAAAAUAAAUAACGUCUUUUUAAUGUCCUCCUCGGAUAUUAACGAAAAUAGCUACAGCUUACACUCGAGCAAAUAUUUAAGCGUCUCGACGCAUUUGAUAUCAACUCCAACUAUCAAUAAUUCGAAAUUUAGCGUCUCCAUGUUUAUGCAUAGUAAGAAUAUUCUUUUUUAUGACUCCUCCGGUUUUUAUGUAAGUAAGGACGCGGAGGAGGGUUCCUUGGAUGGGCUGGGCAACAGCAGUUAUAGCGCCAACCAGAAGACAGACAAAACUGCAAUUCGAAACACCUGUUUGGGCGACUUGAGCGCAUGUGGGCAUAUGAAAAAUGAAAUACACACCCACAUGGGAAACCUCUACUCACGCAGCAGCUUCUACAACAACGUCGAGGUUUACUUCAAGGAGGAGUCCCACUUCACGGACUACUACUUUACCGCUGUUUUUUACUGA